AUGUUACAGAGAAGCCUUACAAAUGCAAAGAAUGUGAUAAAGCCUUUAAGUGGCAGGCAAAUGUUAUUUUACAUCAGAGAAUUCAUACUGGAGAGAAGCCUUAUAAAUGUAGAGAAUGUGGCAAAGCUUUUAUCCAGAGCUCACAUCUUACUCGGCAUCAGAUCAUUCAUUCUGGAGAGAAGCCUUAUAAAUGCAGAGAAUGUGGCAAAACUUUUAUCCAGAGUUCACAUCUUACUCGACAUCAGAUAAUUCAUUCUGGAGAGAAGCCUUAUAAAUGUACUGAAUGUGGCAAAGCUUUUAGCCACUGUUCAAACCUUAGCCAUCAUCAGAAUUCAUACUGGACUAAAGCCUUAUAAAUGUAGAGAAUGUGGUAAAACCUUUAUCCGGAGCUCAAAUCUUACUCAACAUCAGAGGAUUCAUUCUGGAGAUAAGCCUUAUACAUGUAGAGAAUGUGGCAAAGCCUUUACCCAGGGCUCACAGCUUACUAAACAUCAGAAAAUUCAUUCUGGAGAGAAGCCAUAUAAAUGUGGAGAAUGUGGCAAAGCCUUUACCCGGGGCUCACAUCUUAAUCAACAUCAGAAUAUUCAUUCUGGAGAGAAGCCAUAUAAAUGUGGAGAAUGUUGCAAAGCCUUUCGCUGGUAUUCAGCCUUUUCCAAACAUCAAAGAAUUCAUACUGGAGAGAAGCCUUAUGAAUGUAGAGAAUGUGGCAAAACCUUUACCCGGAACUCAAAUCUUACUCAACAUCAGAGAAUUCAUUCUGGCGAGAAGCCUUAUACAUGUAGAGAAUGUGGCAAAGCUUUUAUCGAGAGUUCACAACUUGCUAAACAUCAGAAAAUUCAUUGUGGGGAAAAGCCCUAUAAAUGUAGAGAAUGUGGCAAAACCUUUACCCGGGGCUCACAUCUUACUCAACAUCAGAAUAUUCAUUCUGGAGAGAAACCCUAUAAAUGUACAGAAUGUGGCAAAGUCUUUAGCUGGUAUUCAGCCUUUUCCAAACAUCAGAGAAAUCACUCAGGACACAAACCCUUAUAAAUGUGUAGAUGUCAAAAUGCCUUCACAUCAUAUUUAAACAUUUAUAGCAUCAAAGGACUCAGCUAUGGAGAAGCCUUAGAAACACAGAAUGUGGCAAAGCCUUUACCCAUUGCUCAAAUCUUACCAAAGAUAUGAGAAUGCAUACCUGAGAGAAUCUUUACAAAUGUGAAGAGUAUGACAAAGCCUUUAACCUUGCUAUAGCUGUACUCAAUAUUGGGAAAUUCAUAGAGAAUAGAAACAAUCUAUGUAAUAGAAGCCUAAGCAACUUUUACAGCAGAACAUCCAGAAGGACUGGCUGCUAUGAUGCUCACUGACCACCACGGGGCAGAUGCUCAACAUAGGAGCUUGCUCUCUGGUGGUCAGUGCACUCCCACAGGGGGAGCACUCCUCAGCCAGAAGCCAGGCUCAUGGCUUGCAAGCGCAGUGGUGGUGGUGGGAGCCUCUCCUUCCUCCGCAGCAGCGUUGAGGAGCAGCGAGCCAAGUGGUAAGAAGCAGUGAGCAGGCAGGUGGUAAGUAGUGAGCGGUCCUGGACUGCGAGUUGGAUAUCCGACUGCUGGCUUAGGCCUGUUCCCCGUGUGGAGCAGGCCUAAGCUAGCAGGUGGACAUCCCCCAAGGGGUCCUGGACUGUGAGAGGGCACUGGCCGGGCUUAAGGACCCCCCCCCCACUCCAGUGCACAAAUUCUGUGCACUGGGCCUCUAGUAUAAAUAUAAAGAAUAUGGAAAAAAUUCCAACCAUUGCCCAAAGCUCACUAAAUAUCAUACCAGAGAGAACGCUAACAAUGCAGAGAAUUUGAUAACACCUUUACCCAGUGUUGAAACCUUAAUCAAUAUCACAUAAUUUAUGCUUUACUGAAAGAAUACAAAUAUAAACAAUGUGGCAAAACCUUUUACCAUUGCUGAAGCCUCAGUGUUCUUUAGAGCCGCGGUUGCCAACCUUUCAAACCUCAUGGACCACCAGUGGUCCGUGGACUACCGGUUGGCGACCGCUGCUUUAGAGAAUUUAUAGUGGAGAGAAGCCAUGCAAAUAUAAAAUGUUCAGCAAAUAUUGUUUUCAGCAUUUAUAGGUACAUCUUAACUGCCACAUGAGUAUUCUUACUGGAGAAAAACUUAAAAUGUUAAAGAAUGUGCAAACCCUAUACCUGAACCUACAAUCUUUCUUCAUAUCAGAGAAUGCAUACUCAUGAGAAAUUCUACCUUUGAUAUAAAUGGUAAAAAAUAUUUCCUCACAAUACAUACUUCAGAAAACCCCACAGCAUUUGUGCUUGGAAGUGACUUUAAUAAAAUUAAAUGUAUAACAUCAGAGAAUUCACAGUAGAAAGUAGUAAGUCAGUAACACUUUUCAAAUAUGACUUUAAAUCAGAAUACUUAUUUUAGAGAAUCUAGUAAUGAAAGUUACAUGAUUUUUUAGUGUAAAUCAGAAUAGCAAGGGGAUGAAUAUUAGGACAAAUGUAAUUGUCUCCACUGAAUUCUUUUUUGUUACAACAGUUAUAAAAGUUUGUGGCUUUUUUUAAACAAAAGUAUUCAUGUGAUUUCUAUCUCAAUUCAUUUCAUGAUCUUUGAAUGCUUGUAAUGUGUAUUUCAACCCUAGGCAAUAUAUUGUGCUUGCAAUACUUUAUUUAGACUAUGUGUGGACUUAAUAUGUUCAUUAAUAAAGAUGAAGUAAUUGAAAUAUGUUACCAGUGAUGUGUAAUGAAUGAGGUGUUGACAUGCCAUCAGUGUUAAUGUUUACCACCCUAUUCACCAUUGUGGGUAACAAUUUGUAAUGCAGUGGAAUGACAUUUACUCACAGGCCUUAAACCUUAAAUAAUGUGUGAAGAGUUUACCCAUAAUUUAUUUUUUUAUUCAUUGUACCUGCUGGGAAAUUAUGAUGGUUACAAAAAAAUAUGUAGUGGGAGUAUUGUUGUGAGUUUAUGUAAAAGUCUGUGGUGUUUCAGCAUUAUCAUUUAUUUUGUGUAGUUAAGUAAAGAACUGAACUCCCAUGAAUCCCUAGUGUAUACAGGCACCAGCUUACAGUGUCACAAAUGAAUGUAAGUUUUUGAUAGGACUUCUCCAGCAGUCCUUGUGGAGUCUUUUGUGCACCCCAAAGCCUUCAGUUUGUAUGCCCCUUAUGUAAGAUUUCUGAAGAGCUAGCCAAACCUUGCUGGUUAUGCUUUGAGUUGAACAAUCUGGACCUAGCUCAAGAAUCCCAUGGCACUCCACAUAGUGAUCCUAAUACAAGCCUACACUCUGUGUACUGCCACUCUCUUCCUGCAUCCUGUCUUGUCCUGCCUGUGUUAGCCCCUGCAGGCAUGCUGUGUACUUCCUCCAUGCUUGUGAGUUAUAAACUUUUAUUUCCAAUUUUUCUGUAGGAUUUUGAGUAACUGCUGGACACCAUCCAGUACCAGUGGGCUUUCCUUACAAAUGCUAAUUGAACAAAAUCUUAAAAAGUAUGAUUAGAAGCCCUAUUUUUUUAUUUCUGCAUCUUCAUAAUAUUUUAUCAUAUCCUAUAUAAUAAAAGGGUAAUAUGCAGAUCGAUGGACUGUGGAACGACCCAUCUCUGUGACGCGCACUGACCACCAGGGGCCAGACGCUCAACUCAGGAGCUGCCCGUGGUGGUCAGUGUGCUCCACAGGGGGAGCACUGCUCAGCCAGAAGCCCAGAAGCCGGGCUCACUGCUGGUGAACGCAGCGGCGGUGGCGGGAACCUCUCCCACUUCCGUGGCAGCUCUUAGGAUGUCCAUGGGGAGCGGGCCUAAACUGUCAGUUGGACAUCCCCCGAGGGCUCCCAGGUUGUGAUGAACAAGGACAGAUCCAGAGACGGAGAGGCAUUGAUUGG